GUGAAUCAUGCCCACAAAUUGUGACAAAGAGUUCAAUUGCGUAAUAACCCAACGCUACUGCCUGGUUUCCCCUGAGACAAGCGCUCCAAAAUGAUAUCAUCGAAUGCCAAGGUGAUUAGGUAACAAAGGCUGGAUCUAUUGUGUCUCUGCGGCUGUAUGCUUGCAUAUAAACAUAUCCUCGCCCCUCCAACCUUUCACCCACUUCCUAUCUGCACACUCAACAAAGCUUUACAAAAGAUAACACAAACCAGCAUCUACACAUAACUUCACUCCUACCUAACGCUAUCUACAACAAUCAUCACAAUGUCUUCCAAUGACAAUACCUCCACUCUCAAGUCGUAUGUCGACUCUGCUGUCGGCGCCGCCCAGAAUGUCCUCGGCAACUUGACAGGAAGCACUGGCGACCAGGUUCAAGGCCAGGCCAAGCAAGACAAGGCCCAAGCUGAGAACGACGCAUCGCAUGCCACUUUGAAAGGACCAGGUUUCACAGCAUCCUCUGCUGGUGUUAGCAAGGACGACCCCGACCGCGCUGCCGGUAGCUGGAACCAGACUGCUGGCUCUGCCAAGGAGACCCUGGGUGGACUUGUUGGAUCUCAAAGUCUCAAGCAAUCCGGCCGUGAACAGAACCUUGAAGGCCAACAACAAGAGGCCAAGGGUCAGAUCAAUGAUUACACCAAGGGCGUUGGUGACCGUGUCACUGGCACUGUCGGCGCUGCCGUCUCCGGUUUGACUGGCAACACUGGUGCCCAGAAAGAGUAUGAGGCCCAGCACGCUACCGGCAAGACAAGCCAGCGUGGCGCAGAGCACGAUAUUUUGAAGCAGGCCGAUGCUAAGGGUGAGCUUCGAUAAAUGCUGUCUCGAUUUUGAGACCACUACGAGUUUGUGGAGAAUUGCUCGGACGAAACAAAAUAUGAUACCCACCAAGGCAACGAGGUCUGCGUAAAUUUAGUACGGAUGCUCUCUAAGUUGCUUAAUAAGUAGUAAUUAUACUUCAUCUAGGAGA